AUGUCAAAAGAAGUAUUUGAAGAAGCAAAUGAAGCUUUUGUCGAUGAUAGAUAUGAUCAAGCAUAUGAACUUUACACCAAAGCUCUUGAUAGUGAUGAUAAAACCAAUAAUCAAUUUACAUCGAAAGUAUUAGCAGCACGUGCUCAAUGCUUAUUGAAAUCAAAAAAAUAUGCUGAUGCAUUGAAUGAUAGUAAUAAUGCAAUUCAAUUAGAUGAAACAAAUAUUAAAGCAUAUCUUCGUAAAGGUACAGCAUUAUAUAAUCAAGAUUCAAAAGAUGAAGCAUUGAAAACAUUUAUUCGUGGACUUGAAAUUGAUUCUGCUAAUGAUCAAUUAAAAGUAUGGAAAGAAAAAUGUGAAAAAGAUUUAGAAGAAAAAAAACCAAAAACAACUACUGCUGAAAAACCAACACCAGUAGCAGCUGCUGUACCUGCUCCACCAGCUAAAAUUAAUCAUUCAUUUUAUCAAACAGAUACAGUUGUUACAAUUCAAAUUCCAAUUAAAGGUCUUAAGAAAGAACAAGUACAAGUACAAACAACAGAUAAAACUUUGAGCGUUAGUACAAAAAUUCCAGCAACAGGUAAUGAUUAUUCUCUUGAAUUUGAUCUUGCUCAUCCUAUUGAUUCAUCACGUACAACUUUUAAUGUAACUGGUUUCAAUAUUGAAAUUAAAUUAUAUAAACAACAAGCUAUUCAAUGGUCGUCAUUAGAUGCAAAAUCUUCUGCAAAUAAAUCGCAACCACCUGUUCCAAUGAGCCGACCAGUAACACAAAAAGCACCGACUUAUCCAUCAUCAAGUCAACGAGCUAAAAAUUGGGAUAAAGUUGAAGCAGAAAUUAAGAAAGAUGAAAAAGAUAAUAAAGAAGAUAUGGGUGAUGCAAAUGCCAUAUUUCAACAACUUUAUCGAGAUAGUGAUGAAAAUACUCGUCGAGCUAUGAAUAAAUCAAUGUACGAAUCGGGUGGUACGUGUUUGAAUAUGAAUUGGGAAGAAGUAGGCAAAGGCAAAGUUACUUGUGAACCACCAGAUGGUAUGGAAUAUAAAAAAUAUGAUUCAUAA